GGAUGCGUAAAACUUAAAGAGUCACUAGAGAGGUUCUCUCUCUCUAUCUCUCUCCCGCCAUUGAAGUAAAGUAACUAUCUAUCGUUCUGAGAAUGAGAAUCAACGCAUUCUGUGUCUCCGCCUCUGCUUCUAUAUAUUCUCCUUUUCCUAAUCCACAUGGUGCGCUACUGCAAGAUUGGAAGCUUCGGAAGCAUAGGUUUAGCUUGAAGCUCACGGCAUUUCCUUUGAAUUCGAGUUGCAGGAAGAGGAGGACAACUUUCAUAUGUGCAGCCAAUCAAGAAGCCGAGGAGGCUUUUAAGAAGACUGUUGAAAUUGAUAGGCUCAUAGAUAUGCUCAGAGAAGCUAAUCCUCGCGAACUUCAGAAACUUGUUGUUGAAAACAUCCUUGCUUUCAAUCCAAGCUUUUGGGUGCGACUUGCAGCGAGAACUGAUACUUGCAAGUCUGACGAUGAUAAAAAAGAUUAUGAAGAAUUGGCUACAACGGUCAUGAAUGUGGUGGAUUGCGUGGUGCAUAAGACUAAAGAAAAGAUUGAGUCUUCCACAGAUGUCCUGAAGGGAGUACUAAAACCUGUGAUUGAUGCUGAAGGAGAGAUUCCAUGGCCUCCCAGAGAUCCUCAGGCACUAACAUUGAUGGAAAAGGAAAUAAGUCAAAGGGAGCAAGAAGGACAGCUGGAUGAAGGGUUCCUUGCUGAAGUUAAUGCACAGCUACGACAAGCAAAGGAAGAUGGUGAUAAACCGGGGCUUGAGGCUAUGAUGCAAAAGGUGUUGCAGCUUUAUGCUUCCAUAGUUCUGUCAAAACGUAGUUAUGCCAUGAAAGGGAAGGAAGUUUUGAAGGAUGAGCAAUUCCUUGAAACCAUAAUCCAAGCUCCCGAACAAGAAUGGAACAAUAUUUUAAUCAAUGGAUUGACAAUUGGUGCUGGGGAUGUUUCCGCAGAGGAUCUCUUUGCUGUCUUAAAGAAACGAAUUGAACGCGUUUUGAUUAGAACUGAGGGAGGUUCUUACCAACAGCGGAUUCUGACAGAAUACCUGAAAGGCAUUGAAACUAGAGCAGAGGAGAUUGUUCAAGUGCUCCAGGGGAGACCACAAUAGCAUUUUCUUCGAACUUGAAAUUGGCUUGGCAAUUGGAUGUCAUGAGCCAAAACAUUGUUCUGCAUGAUGGUAGAAGUGGUUUAUUAUUUGAAGAACAGAUCAAGCUAAUACACUAAGGUGGAGAAAUAUAGAUGAUCAUAUCUUCAACAGGUAGCAAUACUCACGCGGAUCGGAAGAUUGGCUUUCAGAAUACUUCACGCAACAGAUUAAGUAAUAUAUCUCCUGAAGCAAAAACUUAAAACAAAAUAUGUAUAUUUAUUGUAAUAUUCGAAUCUAGCAAAAUUAUAAAUCUAUCUCACUGUGUGUCCUUCCUGGAGACACUAGUUAAAGAGUAAUAAUUAAUACAUUUUAUUCAAUAUUUUAAUUAUUUUUUAAAAAUAAAAUUAAUCAUUUUGUGGUUUCAA